GGCGGGAACCGGCUGAACAGUCAUAAAGUUUUAAUGCAAAACUCAACACAAAACAAACAUAAACAAACACACACAUGCAGCACAGCCGCGUGCGUCUCUCUCUCUCUCUCUAACUGGCGUCUCCGGCUCCCCUUUAUCUCGCUCUCCCGCAGAUCACGGCCACGGCCACGCCCUCCUCCUCGUCACAAGGACCAUUUCCACAAAUUGAUGGCUGAUUAUUCUAUUCCAUACGGUUCACGAUAUGAGAGAUUUAAACUGAGAAUAUUUACAUUUAGCAGACGCUUUUAUCCAAAUGAGGACUACAACAUAAGCGAAUCAUCAUAAUCAGUCAUCCUCUGUGUAUUUUUAAGUCCAGAAAACAUGAUUACAAUUACUUUUGUUUUUGUAUAAUGAUGCAAAUAAUGGUUUCCAGAGGGUGAAUUAUGCACUUUAAAGCUCAGACAUUCUUAUGCUUUUAUUUUUGUGCCUAUUUAACUUUGCAGGCCAACAAAAUGUAAUAAUAAUGUAUUAUAGCAGUUGUGAGGUGACAGAUGGUAGGCCCAAAGGUUAAAAAGUUCUUGCAUGCAGACAGUUUAAAGUUCAAGUGCCUUCAUAAAAUCUGUGGGUCUUUUAUCCUGCAAUGUACACGUUUUAAGAAAUGGAAAUAAUCACCACUAGAGGGCAGAAAUGGAACGUUAAUUUAUUUUAACAGUUGCACAAAUUUGAAACAUUUAUUGUCUAAUUACGGAAAUAUAUUAAAAGUUUAAACCUGUACAAAUACAUACAAUAUGAAGUACGUGUAAAAAUGGAUCAGAGCAUGAAUGACCUUUGAGACUGUGCUACCAAACUUGAAACUCUCAUAUCAGCAACUGAUAAAGGUCCUCCAUUAGUGAGGUUCUCAAACAACGCAACUGAAUAUAACAAAAUAAGGCAUGUUAUCCUUCAUUUCCUGGUUUGUACCAAGUGUGCCUACUUGGUUAACACCAAGUACUAUUCCUUUAAAUAGCGUCUUACAAGGGCUUGUUGGUGCUUGUGGAAUUUUGGUUCUUCGUAGCCUUUUAAAAGUUUACUUGUUUGUUGAUGCACAGAGCACUGCAGAUGCUGAAACAGACCAUAGAAAAAAGAAUAGCUCAAAUGGUGGACUGACAGAGAAAAUUCAAUUCUGGAUCCUUUCAGUGGUUCUUUCCUUUGUGGGGUCUCACGUUGCAUCACUGGUAGUUUUAGAGUUCUCCCUUCGAGCCAUUUCAGCACGGAUCACAGGAGCAUCAGACCCAAUUUGUGACCAAUUAUUACUGCUGCUUGUCCAAUGCCAGUUCUCCUUAGGCUGUGCAUUAAGCUGCAGCCUUAAUUUUCUUCAUGAGGGGGCACCACACGGCUGGCUAAGCCUCCUUCUUGCAGUUGGACUGAGCUGGUUCUUGGCAAGCCAGUGCUGUAAGCUAUGGCAACAUGUAAAGGCUAUGUAUGUAAUACAUAGCACACAGCAGUACUGUGGACUAUGCAUUGGACUCUUAACCUCUGGCACUUCUAUAUUAACCUGGCUCUGUAGUGCCCUAAUUCUAACUUUUAGUGUAUCUGGGAUUGCUGCAAUAUCAAACAUAAACCAACACUUUCUAUCAACUACCGAGGCUCUGAGAUUUUGGACCCCACUUACAAUCUGCUACACUCUACUGAUUGUGUAUAUGAAUGAGGAUCAACAUAAACAACCUGGCCAGCAGGUUCUUCUAAAUACAGUUGUUGUGCGACUGGGUGGGCUUUUUGUUUUACUGAUGACUGUGGGCAGUUGGUCAGAUGUAAUCCAUGUCCUAAUCUGCUUCACUGGUGAAGCUACAUGCCUGUUACCAUCUCGAGACCUUUUGGAAGCCAUAUAUCAGCCCAUGUGCCUGAAGGCUCAUUAAAAAGGCCUGGAAACCAAAAUGGACAAAAGAAAUGGGGAAAAUUCGACUGAAUAUUAAUAAAAACACACUUCUUUUAAAAAGGAGAAAGGAUAAAAAGGAACUGAAACUUUUACGGGACUUUUUACAGCAUGACAUUCUCUACAAAGUACAAACUUUACUUACUGAGAAUACCAUCCAGUCUGUAAAGGACUGUGGUUUGUAUAAGAAAUGCAUUCAAUAAUUUCAUGUAUUUAAUUGGACAUGUGUAUUCUUUCCCUGUUUCUCAUAAUAAAAUCAAAUGCAUGUAUGGUGAAUUAAACUUCCCCCUACAAAACACCUAAAUACAUAUCGUGUUUAAUUGAAGAACAAAUUUAUUUCAUAACCUUGAGAGGUUUUCCUUCACAAUUAUGUUCUAAAGACAAAUGAACGACAUGGUAUUAUACAAUUAUUUCUAAUUACUUCAAAUAACGUUAAUAUAAACAUAGAACAUUUUAAUCAAAUACUGAUAUUAACAAGUUACCCAAGCAUUAAAAGAUAAGUAUAAAGGUUACACGUAGCCAUUGCACUCGCACAAAAUUAGGUAUGUUAUGUGUUGAUUUAUAAUAGUUAUGUAUGCAACCCUGUAACAAUUUAGUUCAAAUUCCAUGGAAGGUGGCCAACGCUAAAGGAGAAGUUAAACUAAACUUGAACCCAGAAUAGCUACUCUGGAAACAAAAUGGCUGUGGUGCUUUGUAUUCUUUUGUUGUGCUUGGUCUUGUCUCCACUAGGUCAUGCUCAAAAUGGCGUCAUGUUUCAAAGAACAUUCUUUAGUUGUCCCGCGCCAACAAUUGGAAUAACGAUUUAGAUGGUUAGAACGUUCAAGACCGUCGAAUAUCGGAGCCAUUUGUGACGCAAUAAUAAGUUUCAUAUUUAAACUGUACUUGUAAAUUAUCCACUGCAACAGCCUGUUCUAGGAAAAGUAAUGCGUUGGAAGGCGAAAUACAUAAAAACACGUCUAUAUCGAAAUGAUUCCACAAUUUGACAGAUUUUUGUUUAGUUUCGUCGUUUCCUCUUCAUACAAAUACACAUUAGAAUUAUAUUACUGCAAUAUAGUAACGCAAUAUCUUCAAUUCCUUGGAACUUUGAGGUCUGUUGUUGUUUAGGAAAAACAAGAAUAUUUGGUGUCCAAGUUAUAAGUUUUUGUAUUCCCAAUAAGUAACAAAUCCAAUGCCAAAAACAGUCAGUGAAUUCAAUUUUAUUAGCUCUAUUCCAAAAAAUAUUAAGGAUUUAGGCAUAUCCAGAAAAUCCACGCAGUUCCAGUGAAGGCUCAAGACUGAGUGUGAAGAUUAUGUGGCUUGCUCAGACAGAACUAGCUUCACCUCAGUGCAAGUUCCAGAAUUUUCUGCCACAGUUACAAGGUUUGUAAUUGCUCUUUGUCCAAAACACUAUGUGGGCGUGUUUUAAGCGCAUGCGAAAUACACCCUUUGCAGUCCCUGUUUUGCCGCAUUCUGACGCAUGCGUGGAUCGACUCUUACACCUCGUGCGUAGUUGGAGAACGGUCAUGUGUAUUGUAAAUAAGGGAAUUUUAUAAAAGAUUGGAAGAUCAUUGUUCAGGACAGAAUUGACCUGUAACAUUACAUUAGUCAGAAAAGUCAUGUGUGAACUUUUAGACAGUUGUCCCCUGAUUGUAAAUAAUCUGCACUGUCAUUAAUUAUU